AUGAGAUUCUCAACGGCAAUCGAUGAACUCUUCAGUUUGCAGGUCACAACAGGGUCUAUGUCAAUACUUCUUCUACUUAUCUCAACCUUGCUAAUACUUCUGUGUUGCUGCUACAUGUGCUCCUACGUUUUGAUGCAAAGCUACAAAAGAAAGCGAAGCAACGAUGAAUUUGGGAUGAUGCUUCGUGAUGCCUAUAAAUCUCACAACACAACCAUGGAUGAACUCGACGGCCCAUACCACACUGCGAAUUUUACUUUGACAAUGAGUGGUGAGGACAAUGGUGGUUUUGAAGCUGAAAAAAGCUCGAUUCGAAAGCGAGAGCCAACAUUUCGAGAAACAUUAGAUGACGACUUUGCUGAGACAAGAAUUGAUGUCGGAGAGCCUGAUGAAAAAGUACGAUUCUCAUUUCGAAAGCUAUGGAAGUUCACUGGACCGGGUUUUCUAAUGUCAAUCGCCUAUUUGGAUCCAGGCAACAUUGAAAGCGAUCUACAGUCGGGUGCAAUUGCUCAGUAUAAGUUAAUCUGGGUUCUUUUAAUGGCACAUAUCUUGGGUCUUCUCAUGCAAAGAUUAUCAGCUCGAAUCGGUGUUGUUAGUGGUCAACACAUGGCUCAAAUAGCGCAUUCAUAUUAUACAAAAAUUCCACGAGUUUGUCUAUGGAUUAUGGUCCAAAUUGCGAUUAUUGGUUCAGAUAUGCAAGAAGUCAUUGGCACAGCGAUUUCUCUUUAUCUUCUUUCUAACGGAAACAUUCCACUUUGGGUUGGUGUGCUUAUUACAAUCUGUGAUACUUUCUCGUUUCUGUUUUUGGAAAGAUAUGGAAUUCGAUAUUUUGAGCUCUUUUUCUGUUUCCUCAUUUCUUGCAUGGCUGCCUCGUUUGGUUUCGAAUUUGUGAAAGCGGCACCGGAUGCUGCUGGCUUAUUCAAAGGAAUGGUGAUUCCGUGGUGUAAAGACUGUCGAAGUGAUCAGUUAUUACAGGGCAUAAGUCUUCUGGGAGCAGUCAUCAUGCCGCAUAACUUCUACCUUCACUCGGCUCUUGUCCAGAGCAGACGAGUGAAUCGGGAGAAACGAAGCGCUGUAAAAGAGGCCAACUUCUACUAUUUUAUCGAAUCAGCAUUUGCUCUUCUUUGCUCUUUUAUCAUCAAUGUCUUGGUGGUGGCCGUGUUUGCCAUGGGACUCUAUGGAAAAACUAAUCAACAAGUGAGAGACAUGUGUGAAACGAACGACAAUGGUAUGCCUCAAUUCUAUCGAGAUGUCUACAAAAAUGACACAGAUGAUGCAGAAUCAGACAUUUAUCAUGCUGGAAUAUAUUUGGGAUGCGCAUUCGGGACUGGUGCUUUAUACGUUUGGGCAAUCGGAAUUUUAGCGGCUGGUCAGAGCUCGACGAUGACUGGCACUUAUGCAGGUCAAUUCGCUAUGGAGGGUUUUAUCAAAUUGGAAAUGCCGGCUUGGAAACGGUUACUUUUAACUCGUUCCAUCGCAAUCCUUCCCACACUUGCGGUGACGAUUUUCAGCGGUGGUAUUCAACAUAUUACAGGUUUAAAUGAUUUCCUGAAUUGUGUGCAAAUGUUGCAAUUACCAUUUGCUCUAAUUCCAUUGCUCACUUUUGUCGCCGAUUCAAAAAUCAUGGGCGAAUUCGCUUGCUCAACUUUACAAAAAUGGUUUGCUUUAUUGGUUUCCCUUGUUGUUCUUUUCAUCAAUAUUUAUUUCCUUUAUGAAUGGGUGGGCGAUGAAUUUGGAUGGACGCCGGCUUCUUUAUCUACACUUGCUGUUUUAUUCGUAAUCUAUGGUGUUCUGAUCGUUUAUUUGACUUAUUACUGUUUAGUGGCAAUGGGAGCGAUUUCUCCGAUCGAAUCGAAAUAUUUUCCGACUCCAAAAUAUCAAAAUUUUGAUGCACCUUGGCUUGAAAGUAUCAAGAGCGAAAUUGAAGACUAUACGUUAAGUGCUCGAUGUGCGAAUGAAUUGGUUAUGAUUGAAAGCGCUUUCAUGCAUCUUUAUGACGCUCCAACCGGUCAAAAAACCUACUCGAUGUUAAGCGUUUUUGAGCAGAGUUUAAAUCUUUUUUUCACUGUCUAUGACGCGGUGCACAAUGACUCGGAUUGUGCCUAUGAAUGGGCACCACUUUUCCCACAUAUUAUUGAGUUUAUUAAAGGUACGGAGAGAGUUUUAAAUGUU